AUGGGCUUCACCGGAGUCUCAUUCUACAUUGAGUGGAGCCUUUUAGAAGGGAAUCACGGACACGUUAUUACCGACGGGAUAUGGAGCUUGGAUGAGUUUUUCGACGCAGCAAGCCAAGCUGGCUUAUACCUCAUCGCUCGACCGGGACCGUACAUCAACGCAGAAACAACUGCUGGUGGGAUACCUGGGUGGGUUCUACGAGAAAAGGGGGUUAUUCGAUCCGACAACCCUGAAUACCUGAAUGCAACAGCAAAUUACAUGUCGACAUUAGGCCGGAUUAUUGAAAGGGGACAGAUCACAAAUGGUGGUCCAGUGAUCAUGGUUCAGCCAGAGAACGAGUACUCCACCUGGCCUGGAGUGACUGAUUUCCUGACUGAGAUGAAUCGGAAUUAUAUGGCAUACGUUGAAGAGCAGCUGCUUGAUGAGGGUCUUACUGUUCCUUCAAUUGUGAAUGAUAACUUGGUUAUGGGAUACUUCGCGCCGGGGUCAGGGAAAGGCGCAGUCGAUAUCUACGCUAUUGACGCGUACCCGAUGCGCUAUGAUUGUGAGCUUGUUUCCAACGCGCAAAUCCUACUGUUUGGCCUACUUACAGGUUUCCAUAUGACUGGCAAGUCACGCACAGACGGCAGAGUCCAACGACGCCUUUUUCGAUUGCUGAGUUCCAAGGAGGGUCUGGUGAAGGAUGGCCUGGUCCAAGACAUGUACGGCCGGUUGGUAAACGAAGAGGCUGUCAGAGUUGUGUACAAGAACAACUACAAUUUUGGCGUGAAGAUCUUCAACAUUUACAUGACCCGGCCUCGCCCUUUCGUCCUCUUCUUCCUCUCUAUCUGCACUCAUCGCCGCCCCCUUUCUUCCACUCUGGCCCCUACCGACUACGGCGCAUUGGCUUUCAGCCCGACGUACUACCCCUUUCGUUUCACCAGAGAUACCGCUCGAUCUGACGCCUCAGCUCGUUCUCGCUCUCUGACCUGGAAUGGCAGCCGCACAGGAGUAGAACCGCUGUGGUGA